AAUAAAAAUCAAAAGUGCACAAACGACUAUUCUGUCGACAAAUCUUCAAUAAUACAAACAUUUUUUCGUUAUAUAUAAGAAGUACAAUGAGCGGAACUGCUAUGGCUGAAGUUCCCAAUACCUUCCUUUACUUCGCAUAUGGAAGUAAUUUAUUGAAGAAAAGAAUUCAUAUAAACAACCCCUCGGCAGAAUUUUUAGGAAUUGGAAAACUCGAAGGGCACCAAUUAGAUUUUAUGGGCUACAGCAAUAGAUGGGGUGGCUGCUCAGCUACCAUAGUUCCUACACAAGGAGAACACAUCUGGGGAGCCAUUUGGAGGCUGGAUAAUAAGGAUAUGCCUGCUUUGGAUAACCAAGAAGGAGUUGGCGUUAAAUGGUAUUUCCCUAGGACUGUUCCAAUAAUUCUGCCAGAUGGGACGAAUGUUCAUUGUCGUACAUACCAGCAAACUAAAAACCCACCUCCUCGAAGACCUGGCGAAAAUAUCCCCCAAGAUAGACUGCCUUCCAUAACCUACAUGGAUGUCAUUGUCAAAGGGGCCAUUGAAUGCCAAAUGCCUGAUGAAUAUAUCGAACUCUUGAAGAAUAUACCUAACAAUGGUAAUAAAGCAAAUGAAGAGAUGUUGGACCUGCUGAAAGAAAAAUGCAUCUGCCCUGACUAGGAUGUGGAAAACAAACGCAUAUCUCCACGAAUUGAAAAUUACGACAAGUAAUAUCUUGUAUAAGCCAUGGCCAAACAUGAAUCAUCAUGUGUUAAUCUCUUCGCUUUGCUAGCUAGUAAUUCUGGACCUUGAUAAUCUCUGCAAUACAUACUCGUAUUACUUAUUCAAAAAACUUCGCGACACCCAAACCUUGUGUUUAUAUUUGCUUAUUUCUGUACCAUAUCGUACUAGAGGAAUGCGCACAUUGAUUAGUUUUGAAAUCUUCUGAACUACCAAUCAAAACAAUCCAAACCCAAUUUAUUACAAAAUCCCAAAACCAGCUUUCAAUCUCACUAAAGGUAGACAUGGCGAAAGGCCAGAUUCAUAGCCUCUUAAACACAAGCGUAUCUUAUUUCCACAAAAUGGACUCCAUUCACACUUAUUCCGAUUUUCCAAGAUGCCUCUACGCUACGAACGGGCUCCGGCUCUUGGAUUUAAAUCUUUCUGCCAACCGGAUUGUGGCCGCUAUAUCCAUUCCAAAAACUGCUGCCAAGAACCAAAAAAUUUGGGAUCUUUUCUAAUAUCAGAUUGUGGUUCACUAAUGUGAAGCGGGUUUAGGAGUAGCUUUGAUGUCUUUUUUGAACUUAAAUCUCUUUUUGUUUGGAGUAUUUUGGGACGAAUCUGCCCGCUAUCAGUGACAUGCUUUCGCUCGUAGGAGCAAGUCUCUAUCGAGUGGCUUCAGAAGACAUUUUUAUAAGAUUUAGAAGUGCGUCUGUGUACCUACAAUAUCUGCGUAAUACACGAUUUAAUCCCGCCAGCACCCUUCCGUUACCACCCACUCAGAUGCAGCGAGAUAUUCAUGGUACAUGUUCUUAUAAUUCACAUGAACAAUUUUGCAUCUCCUUUGCCGAGUGCCGCUUCUUGAACGAUUUUGAUAAUUUACUUUUAUAAUAAGAACGACAUUUUGACAUAGGUACAGGCAUCUUCUAGGCUAACAUUUACCUAGCACCCUCGUCCACAUCUUUACUUUCCAAGAGGUGAGGUUGUUGUGGAUUAACGUAUAUCUCUCAUGUUUAAAAGAAGAUUUUGAAAUCUAAAAUGUUCCUAUUAGUUUUUAAAUUCAUAGGUAGUACAUUUUAAAUUUUAUACGUGUGUAAUUCGGAUU